UUGUGACUGUUGUAUUUUGUUUGAAAAAACGUCGUCUUGACGACAGGUAUACUGACUUUUAUGAAUUAUUACAGUGUUGAUUUUAAUAUGAAUUUAUUAAAUUAUGGAUGAGAGUCAAAAAGAUUUGUCGCAGUCGUCAGAAUUCAAGAAUGUCCUUCCGGAUGUCGUUCAUUCACAGCAAAUCCCCACGCUAGAAACACUAGAAGACGUCGAUGUAAACGAGACGACGAAUGCGACGCAAGAAGAGAAAAACGCUCAAGAUGCUGAGGAUGUCAGUGGGACUGAGUCGAUAUCGGAACACAUACCUUUUAAAGUGGAAUACUCAAUUACUGAGUCGGAACCUGGCCAGUCAGAAUCUCAUAACUUACUUAAAAUCGAAUCGAAUAGUGCAAACAUAUCAAAACAUAAUUCUUUAAGCAUUCCUUUAUCAAACCAGGAGAUUGAAGUGAGCCCUAAUCAGCUAGAAAUUAGUCAACAAAGUUCUUGGAAUUUAGAUGUGAACCAAUCUGAUAUUCAUAUAAGUGAAGAGAGCCCAGUAAUACUGGCUCUCUCCUCAGAUACCUCUAAGGAUGUACAAAAAAGUAAAUCUCCAUUAUCAGAUAAACAGGAAACACCCGAGGAAUCUCCAAGAAGUGAGUAUAUUGAUUCUCUGAAUGACAAUUCUAAUAACAAGUCAAGUGAAAGUACAAAUGACAAUAAUUCUAGGGAAAAAUGUAAUUUAUCUAUUGAUAAUGAACCUCAAUCACUAGGACACUGUAGCUCUGGAUCAGAAGAGAUAAUAAAGUUAGAUAUAAGGGGUCAAGCUGCCCCGAGAUUCCCUUUACAAGCUGCUAAAAUAAUUUUUGGACCACCACCUGAUGGUGGUACAAUUAUUGGCCCAAAUCUGGAGCCAUUACCCAUGUUUCACAACUUAUUGUCUCCCUGUCUAGUUGUUGCAAAUGAUGGGGUUAAAGUUGAAGAAGUUUUUGAAGAUAAAGCAUCAUCGCCCAAGAAGGAAGCUUUGGAAUUAUCUUUGACACCAUCGGCAAGCUCUGCAAGUGACAAGAUAGAGCAGGAUGUUUUGGUUGAAGAAUUAACAAUAGAAGAUGAGGUGAAAGAACAGAUUAAAGAUGGGACAGGGACGGUACCACCAAAAUCUUUUGCUCCCGAUGACACGAUGUCUUUUAGUACAUUGAGCACGGAUUAUAAGACAAUUUGCGAAGAAUAUCACAUAAAGCUUGUGCACUUGGAAGAGGCUAUAUCCCACCGCGACCAACUAAUCGAAGAACUAACGGUCUCGUUGCAGCGAUCACUUCGCGAGCGAGACGACCUCAAACACGACAAUGAGCACCUCACGAACGAAGUACAAAACUUACAACAUCUCGCAGCCGAGCGAUCGCAUUCUGACCAUGACACUAUAAAAGCCCAGUUAUCCGACUUCAUGAAGUACCAAAAUAUGUUAAAAGACGACAGCACGAAAUUUUACUCAGCUCUCAUGAGUGGAACGGCGUCACUUCAAAGCUCCAACGGUGAGAAAGAUAUGGACCGAGAGGAGAUCACAGUGAACUACUCGAAAUCCGAUUUGCGAUCGUCGGGAUCGUCGGAAGAAUUUCAAACGGGCUUCGAGAAUAAACUGACGUUGUUGUUGAAUAAGUUUGAAGGAUAUAUAGAAGAGAACUUGAGGAACAAAUUACGUGAGAGUCUGAUUCAAGUGCUCUGUGACGAAAUCGGUAAAAUGAGGGUCGAAUACGAUACAGAUGUUAAAGAGGUAGAGACGCAAAUCAAACGAGACAAGCUGGCUUACACGAUCGAGACCCGUAAACUGAGGGAGCUGUUGGCUUCGGUGAAAGCGGGUAACGUAGACAUCGACGAAUUGAGACUGGAACUAAAUAUUAAACACGAAAAAGAAAUGGAGAAUCUGAGGACUUAUUUCGAAAAGAAGUGUUCAGAUAUGGAACGGAGCUACUCGGAGGAGGUGUGGCGCGACCGCGCGUGCGCGUCGUGCUCGAGCUCGCCCGAGCCGGCGGCCGAGCCCGCGCCCGAGCCCGCGGCCGACCCCGCGGCCGGGGACGCCGCGCGCCCGCCUGCGCCGCAGACGUCGACUCCCGUAGAUAACACGUUGAAACAGGCGAACAAGAAGCUGGAAAAACAGUUGGAAGACAUUAAAGCUGAACAUAUCACAUAUAUAAACGAGCUGCACGCGAGACACAAGGAAACAAUUGCUUCACUGGAAGAACAGAUAACAGAAUUAAAAGCGCACAUACAGACAGCGGAAAAUACGGAGGGGAACGUUCCGCUGUACCAACAGGACAUCGACCUUGAACUGGAAAAGGCGGCGGCGCGGCGCGACGAGCGCGUGCGGCGCGACGUGCUGCGGGACAUGCAGGACCAGCUGCAGGUAUUGCUGUCGGACCCCGACGCGGAGCUGUCAAGUUGGCCGCUAGAGCUGGUGGCGCUGCGCGACCGCAUAUACGCAGAGAAGGAUAAUGAGUUGCCGAGUGUCCGCGACGAGCUGUCGCCCGGCGAGGCGGACAAGCGGAGGCAAAGGCGAAACAACAGCUUUGAUCAGAAUAGACAGCUAGAAGAGGUCACUAAGGAAAGGGACGGUCUGAAACGCGUAGCCGUGACGCUGCAGCGUGCUGUCACGCAACUGGUCGCGUACUGCGCCAGCGCAGAGGACGAGCUCAACAAGACUGUGCUCGCGCAUCUGCUGGGACAACUCUCUGUUCAGGACCAAACAUUGGAUCUAGAUUCUCGUCCGUCAACUCCGAACCUAACGGACUUGAACUCGAGUCUUGUGUCACGUACUAAGCACGUGCACUUCGCGCCGGACUUGGACUCCAUUCUCGUGUCUCUGGAUGAGGAGGGCGUCGUCGGUUUCUUGCAACAGCAGAGGGAUCUCAGUGCGGACAUUAAGAGGGAACUCGAACACUCUCUGAAGAGGUUGAGGGAUGAGGCGCACGAGCUACUCGAGCUGUCUGCUCGAUGCGCAACUGGCAGAGUUCGUCAAGAAUCAAACAUGCUGGAGUCAAGCGCGGUACAGAUCACGGAGCUCGUGCAAGAGAUGGAUAACAAUACGAAAAUAUGCGACAACUGCGAGCUGCAGAAAAAGAUCCUGGAGGAGGCGCUGUCGGAGGGCUGCGAGCGCGAGGCCGCCCUGCGCACCGAGCUCGAGAGCGCCGCCAUGAGGCUCGCGCAGCUGCUGGCCGAGCGCGGCCCGUCGGACGUCAUCGCCGAGGGGUACGGCACGGGCGCGGGCACGCUGGCGGCGGGCGCGGGCGCGUGCCGCUCGCUGGACGACGCGAGCUCGCCGCGCUCGCAGCUGGCGCGCGCGGCGCACGACCUGGACCUGGCGCUGCGCGAGCGGGACGACCUGCAGCAGCAGCUGGAGGCGGCCAACCGGCAGCUGCGCGCCACGCGGCAGUUCGUGGAGGAGCAGGCGGGCGAGCGCGAGGCCGAGCGCGACGAGUUCGCGGCGCGGCUGCGCGCGCUGCGCGACGACAACCAGCGCCUCAGCGCGCGCCUGCUGGCCGGCGCGCGCGUGCUGGCCGAGAUCCGCUGUUUGCGCCUUCCGCAAUGCAACUGUCGAGAGCACAAUGCACAUGUGGAACAGCUAGAAGCUCAAGCGCGCGAUAUGAAUCAAAUGAUUACGGAUCUGGAGACGCGGAAAGCGGAGGCCGACGAGAGAGUCAAGGCGACCGAGGAGAAGAUUUCGCUCCUACGGGACAUCAUCGCCAACCUCGAGAGCCAGCUCGAGCAGAAGACGACGCACGAGGCCGAGGUGCUCGAGCAGCUCGAGCGGAUGCGCCGCACCAUCGACGACAGGGACGAGAACGUGCGAGCGCUGCUCCGCGAGCUCGACGAGCUGCGCAGCGAGCGCCGCGAGAGCACGCCGCCCCUCUGCGAGCGCUGCGGCCGCGACCAGGAGCAGUACGCCGACCUGCUCGAGAAGGUCAAGGAGCAGGCGCGCCUGCUGGAGGAGCGGCUGGCGCACCGCGCGCGGCGCCUGGAGCGCGCGUACGAGCGCGGCGGCGCGGGCGGCGCGGCGGGCGAGGGCGCGUCCGAGGACGUGUCGCUGCGCGAGCGGCUGGCGUCGCCGUGCAGCAGCCCCAGCCCGCGCGGCGGCGGCGCGGCGGAGCUGGGCGGCGCGUGGGAGCGCCUGCAGGCCGUGGUGCGCGCGGAGGACGCGGCGCUCAAGCGCAUCGCCGACCUGGAGAUGCAGCGCGCGCAGCUGGCCGACGUGGCGCAGGAGGUGCGCGCGGAGCGGGACGUGCUGCAGUCGCGCAUGUCGGAGCAGGCGCUGCGCAUCUCGUCGCUGUCGGCGCGCCUGCAGCAGCAGCGCAACGACGCCGAGGCGCUGGCGCACACCGCCGCCAGCGACCUGUCCGUGCAGCUGCACGACGCGCACGCCGAGGUUCAACGGUUAAAGGAAGAAUUGGAGUCAAAAGACAAACAGCUGAUGCGAUUGAAACAAAAUUCGGGGGAGAGAGAGAAGUUUGUUGACCAACAACAAUCGCUCUACGGAAAUUCAUGUAACCCAAAUGAUAAAGUUGUUAUAUUAGAGAGGGAACUGUUAAAUGCUCAGUCCAAAAUCGCCCAACUCGAAGGUAUCGUGACAAGUCUGGAGAUGGACAAAGACAAGCUGAAGUCUACAGUCAAAGAGUACGAAAGAGCACUGGCCGAAAAAGAGGACCAGUUCAACGACAUUAUGGCGCUCAAACUCGAAGAUGAACAGAACCAGAACCAAAGGAGCGAAAUCAUAGAAGCUAAGACAUCAGCUCGCACGCUUAGCGACAUUGUCUCCAUAUCGGAGUUCGACGAGCAAGACCUGCAGAUGCGGCGAGCGGAACUGAAAGCUCACAAUCUGAGCUUACACGGAAUUGAGAGCAAAGAUAAAAUGAAUCUCAAUAGGACAUUACCGCCCGAAGUUCAACGACCUUAUAUGAGUUCACUAAAUGCGGACUAUGUUGAUCAUUUUGAUGCAACAAAUUUCACACCACGAGCAGAUUCUCUCCCAAUACAUUUAACAUCGACUCAAAUGAAAGAUGCCUACAAAAGAAACGCUAAUGAGACUACCUUAUUCGGUAUGAUCGAUAAAUCGGGUGAUAGUGUUAAACACUCUACUGCUCAAAACAUACCCGACAAUUGCUCGAUGUAUCCAAACAGAGAUAUAAGUGACAGUAAAAACAUCAGCGUCGAACCAAAAAAGAUCAACUUUUCCUUGGAAGCUACCGAUAACAAAAUACAAGAAGAUGAAUUCACAUCUCUACGAGAGCUAGGCAUUUCGUUAGAUGUCAAGCAAGAGAAUUUCCCAGAUAUACUAACGCAAUUAAAGCAUGAAAUAAAAAAAUCAAGACGUGAAUUGGAAGCUUGCAAGUCUGAUUUGAAGAAUGCUGAAGAACAGCUAUGCGAGUUUCCAGCCUUGAAGGAAGAAGUAGAAGAAUUAAAAGGUCUUUUAGAAAAUACAAUGGCGACUAUGGAGAACGAUAAAAAAUUCUACGAGAACCAACUAGAGAAUUUCUCUUCAAAUAAGAAACUUCUCGAGCAAAGACUUGCGGAACUAACACAAGAGGCCGGUGAAAAAGCAAAUGAUCUGCAUUUACUAAAAGAGGAUAUAUUACGAAGAGAGAAUAUGAUUCUCGAGCUCGCAAAAGAGAAAAGGAAUCUUACAAACAAAAUAACAGACUUAGAAACAAAAAUAACUGAGCUCCAGACCAAGAACGCGGACAUAGACAAAUAUGAAACAGAAAACAAACAAUUGCGCGAAAAAAUAAAUGAGUUACAGAAAUUGGAACAAUUAGUUUCCGAAAAGAAUCAACAGAUAGAUAGUCUAAAUCAGCAUCUGGACCGAUUGGACGACUUGCAGAGAUGCCUCAACGACAAGAACGAAGAAAUGGAGAACAUAAAGGAAGCAUUGGAAGAGAAAUCUAAUGAACUAUUCCAAUUGCAGGACUCAGUCAAAAGUUUGAACAGCGACAUCGCUAAAGUAAUAGAAGAGAACGACCAACUCAGUUACGAUAAUAAGGACCUCAAAUUAAAAUUAAGCAAACUUGAAAAAGAACAAGAGAACGCUUCGAUGAAACUACAGAAUAGUGAGACUGAGUUGCAAAGGGUGAACUCUCUAAACAACGACCUAACAUCGAGAAUAGAAGAAUUAAAAUUACUGAAUGACAAACUCAAAGACAAGGAAACUGAAAUAGAAAUCCUUCACGAGGAUAUAAAUUCGUAUCACAACGAAAUAGCCUCAUUGAAGGAGCAACUUAAGAUGGUAUCCCGGAGUCCCUCGCCGGGGACCAAGAGCGAGGAGAAGAAAUCGCCGGACAGACAAGCGAGUAGCGACAAGAAGCAGCUGGUGAAGAUAAAGAAGCAGAUUACGUUACUGCAGCAUGAACUAGACUUUCAUAAGAAGGAACUAAAUGACAAGGCCUUCGAAUUAGCAAAAGCGAAAUUGGACUUAACAGAGGCAAGGACGAACAUGAGUCAAGUCACGAAGCAACUGUCCGACGAACACACGGAAAACACGGAGCUGCAGCGUCGCUCUCAUGCCUUGCAGCAGCAGCUGGAGCAGCUCACGGCGGAGAAGCAGCAGCUCAGUCAGCAGCUCGAGGUGGUCAUAGCUAGAUUGCGCGAGGAAUCUGACGUAAGCGAAUUGAAAGAGAAGCUGCGGGAGAAGGCGGAGAGGUGCCAGCAACUCGAGGCGGAGCUCGGGAACAUGCGAGACAUUUUUGAUAGGAGCCGGCGGGCGCGCUCGCCCACGGCGGAGCUGGAGCGCGCGCUGCGCGACCAACUCGACUACUCGCGCGCGCUGGACGAGCGCCUCGUGGACCAGAUACUAUCUGCAAGCAGCGAUGAGCGCGAAGACGUCCCCCGACUCGCUUUAAAUACUUCCAAUUGCUCAACGAGUUCGAUCCAGUCGUCAUCAUCGGAGCGCCUGCACAGGCUGCGCAAUGAAAACGAGAAGCUGGAGAUGCAAGUCAACAACUUGCAGUGCCGCCUGCAGGACAAGGACGCGCUCAUCGCCGAACUCAACAGGGUGCGCGACAAGCUGUCGCAGGAGAGCCAGUCGGCGCAGCUGCGCCUGGAGGCCGAGCGGGACAACUCCGCGCGCCUCGCGCUGCUGCUCGACGCGCAGAAGGACACGGCCGACACGCUGCACAACCAAGACUCGAGCAUGAUCGAGAUGCUGAAGCGGCGAUUGGAGGGCGCGAUGAAAUCCGAGCUAGAGGUGCAGGAGAGAGAGCAGGAACUGCUGCAACGCCUGCACCGACUAGAGCGCGCUCAGCCGCAAGCGGAGCCCUCCGACCAGCUAAAACAGGACGAGGAGCGGGCGUCGCGGCUGCGGGGCGAGGUGUCCCUGCUGCGCAGCCAGCUGUCGCUGGAGCGGCGCCGCAACGACGAGCUGCAGAGCGCCGCCGCCGCCGCGCGCGCGCACGCGCAGCGCGACCGCGAGGCCGCCGCGCGCGCCGCCGCCGACGCGCACGCGCGCCUCGCCGAGCUGCGCAGAUUGAAACACGAAACCGGCGUGGAGCUGGUGCGGACGAAGGAGAUCCUCCACUCGCAGACCGCGACCGUUGCGCAAUUGGAGAAGAAACUGGCUGCGGUGACCAAACACCGCAGUGUGAAUACGUUUACGGAAAUCGAAAACGAAAAGAGUGAACUAGCGCGUGAGAUGGCAACGCUUCGUCGCUGUCUCACCGAGGAGAGCCCCGAGCUGCUGCAGCUGCGAGCUGACAAGCAACGCCUGCAGGAGCAGCUCGCGCAGCUCAGGGACGAGUUGGACGCCAGGAACAACCUCACCGGCGACGAGAAGGAGCAGGCCAUCAGGUACUUGCACGGUCGCUGGAUUCGCCUGGAGAGCUGUCGCAAGGCGCUGCUGCGGGCGCCCGACGCGCACAAGCCCGGCACGCCGGUGUCGUCGACGCCGUGCCGCGAGGCAGCGGGCGGCAGUGCGCGGCGCUCGCUGCUGCGCGCGCGCCCGCUGAAGCCGUCGUGCUCGCCCGCAGUGCCCGAGUCGUUACAACGCCUGCAGUUCGGUGUUAACUCGCCGCACGACGAGCAUCUCGUUUUAAGUUCCCCGCGUGGAGAUGCCUCCUAUCAACACAAGCUGGGCGCCGUCAGCCGCCGGCUCGCCUGCGCCGCUCGGGACACGACGCGGGACACGCCCUGACCCCGCCGGGCGUCCCGCGCGCACGCCGUGCCCGACCCGCCCUGACCGCCGCGUCCCGCGCGCUCGCUCACUCACUGAGUCGUGACGUGUGACGCGCUGCGUGCUCCGGUGCUCCGGGGGACUCGCUGCACGAACGGGACACGCCGAGUAGAAGUAGGGAUACGAUUAACGCUGUGCUGGUAUGAACGAGUGGUGCAGAAUCAAUGCUGAGUGCACUUUUAAACGUUCUCUGAGCAUAAAUAAUUAUUUUAAAUUUAAUAUUGGAGACGAGUCCUGAUAUAAAAAAUAAUGCACAAAUAGCACUUAAAAACUUUUUUCGUUUGUGUAGUUUGUAUGAAGCAUGAAGCAAACUUUCAAACAACGCAUUUUUAAUUUUCUUGAUCAGAAAGUGACUUUUUAAAAAUAACUAAAUCACUACAGAGAUAUACAAAUUAUAUUUAUUUGAUAAUAAUUUAUGAUACGUGUGACGCCUUUCGGUGCUCAUUCAGAGGCUCACAUUGUGCUCGCGUGCGGGCACUUAACUUCCCAAUGCAUUUCCUCCCGUUAAACUAAGAUAGACUAGUGCCAAAUUGAGAAUGAAUUAGUUUUAUGUAUUGUGUUACUUAAUUUAUUUAUUACUUUUAGACUCGGUAGGAUUGUACGUGUCGGGGACGCAAACUGUUGUUACCACUCCGCCUAUUGUCUGUUUUGUUGUAGAGUGGGAUAUGAAAGAAUUGUCUAGAACCUCACGUCCAAUAAUGCCUUAGUAAAUAUACUGUUUUAUAAUCUGUGAAUAAAAAAAAUAAUAUUUUUUUUUAGAUUAUUAAGAAGGCAUAUUGAUAUAAAGCUCAUUUUGUGUAUUUAUCAGGUGUUAAUUGUUAUCAAAUCCAAUCGUUUCUAAAUGUUUUAAAGCAAUAGCGGGUUUUUUUAGACUGCUAGCGUAUACUUAUGUCAAGGCAAUCGAUUAAACUAAAAGUUUUAUUUCAAUAUUCCUUCACAACUGACGAAUAUAUUUAUUCAAAACGUUGAUACAUACCUCGAAGAAAGCACAAAACCUUGCCAUAUUGUCUUAUUUAAGUUCGUAUGUUUGUUUGUAAAUGUUUAUAUAUAUAUUGUAGGCACGACAGUACAAGCUAGGAUAAGAUAGAUUAAGACGAGACGAGACGGCGACCGAACAUUCUCGAACGUUCCACGACAUUCGGGGCCAUUCGAUUGCAAACUUAGGUUACAUUUUAGGGAGAGACGAAUUAUUUACGGUUUUUUUUUUUUAAAUAUAUUUUAAGCUUUUAUUUUAUGUUUUCUACAUGGCUCCGAUUUUUUUUUUUUAUAUUUUAAGCAGGACUUUAUUUUAGAUUUAUUUUUUGUAAAACGAUUGUUAUUAUUAACGAUUUCCAUAAAUGUCAUGUACAGAAUAUAUCAAAAGUUUAGCAAAUCAAGAAUGUUCAAGAAGUAAUAUCCACAAUUAAAAAAAAAUUGAUCAUAAAUCAAUAGGAAUUAAAAUAAAUUCGUUAAUAGUAGCAAACGUUGUAUUUUACGACGAUAGACAAUACUUUGUAAGCCAAAGGUAACGAAAGUAUUACGAACGCUGUGUUGCGAUUGAUUCCAUUUUAUUCGACAAUUCGUUUGUGUUGACUUUAGAAUUGAUUUGACAUUAGUUAACUCUUCCACCGCCCCCAUCAUCUACACUCAUGCGACCAAAGAUUCGUAUAAGCUAGAUUUAGUUUAGUUCAAAAUUAUUUCUAAGUUAAUUUUAACUUAAAGCACAUCGUUAUGUAAUCGAUCGAUAAUUUAGUCGCUCAACGGGCUUGAUAGAAUAAUAUCUUGUUGAUUGCAUGUAAAUUAUACAUUAAUAAUUCUGUUUAAGAAAUAAUUAUGAUUUUGAUAAUUGAAUAUGUGCCAGCCGGUACUCAAUUUUUUUCGAUACACGUAUUCAUAGUAGAAAAGACUUCUAAUACCAUCGGCCCUGAGCGACUCAGGUAUCGGCCGACUGCAAACCGACGUGCGCUCUAUGUAAGUGAAACACAUCAUCCCAUCGAUCUACUGUAUUCACGAUCAAAUUUCAUCACAUUGUUUCUAGUCACGAACAUUGAAAACGCUGGUGCCA